AUGCAGCAGUUUCUGUCCCGAAUGACCUUAUAUCGCAAGGAGUCGCAAGAUCUGGAGAAGCAGGUCCAGAUUUCCAUUCAGCAGAUGGUACAUGAUAAGCGUAUUGACUUCGUCCAGUUACUAUUUGGGCUCAAGUCAGAAGACCUAGCGCACUUUCCAGGGAUCAAGUCAUACUGCGACUACUUGGAAAGGGAAGCUUUUCAAGCCCUUAUGAACCCGAGUUUUGACCCAAUUCGGGGCUUGAUACCAUGCUCGAGUCCACUGCAGGUUGGGGACUGUUGGGACUGGUGCAUUGCGGUAUUGCAGGCUGUACGGUCAACGCAGCCUGAAACAAGUAUACAUGACAUAUUGCGGCAUCUUGAGGAGCAAUCUGAGCUCUCCAAGAACAAAUUUGAUCGGCGCCAAGAUAAGAGCUAUCUUUAUCUGGCCAUCUUCGGGGCACUGUGCUGGACAAGCAUGAUGGUGCGACCUAGGCUUGUCUUCAAAGAUGGUGUGAGACCGCACCUAACAUGCCUGCUACCAGAUGGAGUCAAACAGCCCAAACACUCUCAAAGUCAGAGGCUAGCUGACCGGUGUAUGCGACCAGUCCUGAGCACCUUUCGGUCGUUCAAGCAACUGCAUUGGGGUGAGUGGUCAGAUGAGCAUGCAUAUGGUAUAUCCAGAGAAGCAGACAACCUAUAUGCGGCAAGCCUCAGCAUCUACUCGCUGCGCUACUUCGGUCACGUCACAAUCCAAUGGGUUGAUACUAUCACUGAGCAUCUGUGGUUCAAUCCAGCUAAUCGACGGCUAUCUUUAUUUCGCUUUCCGUCAUUCUGUGCCAUCCUUGCCAUCCAUAGCAACGAGACUUGUCCCGCUGUCCGAAGUAUAUCGGAAGAACUUGAGCCCUUAUCCCCAGAGGACAGGGAUCAGUGUUGCGUCAGCCUUGAGCAAGAGGUCAUCCUCUCCUACCGUAUUCUAUUUGGACAAGAUGAUAUGUCCAGGAAGCUGGCACAUGAAGAGGUCUGUAACCUGAAGCAGUCGCGUGCCAACCAGAGCAUUGAUACCAUGUUAUUGGAUCUCUGUGAGCGCAAAUAUAAGUCGGGCUAUCUAUGGUGGAAGAGCUACGACAGAGUCCUGCGUGGAUAUCCUCCCAAUAUAUGGCCAAUCACAUGUCGGAGCAUAGAAGGGCAUCUCCAGCAAAGUGAUGUGUACAGUGCACAAGAUGACUUCCCAAGACUUGGGCGACGAUUACUCAAGCUCCAGCAGUUCAAUUUGCGCCAGAGACCCAGUAAGCUUACUGAACUGUGGCGUGACAGGAGGAAUCCUCUGCAAUGGUAUACCUUUUGGGCUGUUGUGCUGGUUGGUGGAGUUGCAAAUAUUCUUGCAGCACUCCAGCUACUAGUGGCUAUUAUUGCAUUACAAAUGUCAAUCUAGGGCCUGGGAUCAGUCCAUUUUCAGACUCUCAUCUGUUCACUGAACUGAUGUAUUGAGUUGAACCUUCCCAGAUAAAGAUACUACAGUAACCACAGAGCCAGUCAAAAUAUCAUAGGCUGGUGGAUGUUGUCUGUAGUAAUCCGCCCUGUCCUCCAUAGAUGCUAAAACCCACCAUACAUUAGUAUGUCGGAGACCGCGGCUCUACGGUGUUCCAAGAUAGGAAAUAUGGGAGAUCCGGGAUUUCACAGCGCCCCCGGCACAGCAGUGCUGGAGGGAGUAACUUUUCAUUAUCAUGUUAUGCAGUAUGCAAUCCCUAACCAAAUAAAAAAUUAAGUACUCUCUCU